AUGUUGCGGGGGUGUCCGCUUCUCCGCUCAAUCGCCCUCCACAACCCCGGUCCGUUUUUAGACGGUGCGUUGCAGCUCAUAAAACUGCGCUUGGCGCACAAGAAUGCGGCGGCUGACGGCAACGCCACGGCAUGUCGCGUCAUUGAGAGUGAGUUUAUGCGGGAACUUGAGAUGUUUCGUCCGUGCUUUACAAUGUCUUCCUCACUGACGGUGGCAAAACUCUACACAAAAAAGCUGCACAGCGCCUUGUCGUACUUCCGCCUGCACGACGACCCACUUAUGCGACAGUUGGACCUCAUUCUGGGGAAGCAGAGCAUGCGCCACACCUCAAAUGGCUACAACGGUGUUUUCAAGACCUCCGUCGUGGUUCAUCCAGUCGCAUCGUCCUUUUUGGGGGAAAGGGAGGAAACCGUGCUCCCGACGGAGCUUCCGCACCCACCCAAACCGGACCCAGCGAUUCCGCCAAGGGAGGGCUCACUUAAACUGCCUCUGCGCCAUCGCGGGCACUGGGUGUUGCGGGACCCGGAGAUUGCCAUUACUCGGGCAGAGCGACGGACUGACCCCUGGUAG